AUGCUUCCCCGAACCCAGCUAGUCCGCAUUGUCUUAUGGCCCAUCACAGCGAUCCUCGCUUUUCGCGCUGCGACGUCGCUAGAUGUGUCCAUGGGGCAACCGAAACCUGACUUCUUGAAUGUGGUGCUUCAACUAUCCAUGUUUUAUAUUGCUGUACGCACCCUUGAAUGGACGGUGCAGACAAAAUCUUUUAUUCGCAUGGCUCGGCGAUCGUCAAAGCAAAAUUCCGUGCUCGACAUACUUGAUUUGGUGUUUAACGUUCGAGGUUGUGGUUGGAACUGGUCGCAGGGACUAUACGUCCCGCCUGAGAUACAUCCUACAUCCUCACGAUUAGCCUUUGCUACGUCCAACCUCGUCUCUGGUCUAAAGCACUUUUUUCUUUGCGUUACGAUUCACUCUGCCGUGCAGUCUUUUUCGCCAAAGACGUUUGGUUCUGUUGAUGGUGGUACCAUCUUUGACCAAUCACUUCCCCUGCACCUCCGUUAUCUACGAUCGAGCAUCAUCGCAACGCUAUGCGCAUUCGUCAUCUAUUCAGCACUCCAAACCGGGCAACAUCCAGACCAAUGCCCCCCCUCAUUCGACUCUCCCUGGCGCUCCACUUCUCUCAGAGAUUUCUGGAGCCGACGCUGGCACCAGUGGUUACGUCGGCUAUUCAUUUUCGGUGGACGCCCACUUUCUUUGCUCUUUGGGCGCGUCGGGAGUGUCAUAGGCGCGUUCCUCGUCUCUGGCAUUUGGCACCACGUCGCACUAUCCGCCAUGGACCCGUCCUCGGAGAUGUGGCGCAUGGUGGUGCCAUUUGGAAUGAUGGGCGUUGGCAUGAUUAUCGAGCGUGCUGUUGCGGGGCAUAAGACAGGUGGCCGGAUGGGAUGGAUCUGGACAAUGUGCUGGAUGGGGUUGUGGGGAAACGUGAUGGUGGAUGGGUGCACGAGAGCUGGGAUGUAUGGGGGUUCGAGCAUUUUGGGUAGUGCGAUGCCUUUAAGACGAUCGAUCGAGCAGUUGGUGAGGGCGUUUGACGAUUAUCUACAUGCAUGUUAGCAGAAAAUCGCAGUGGUAAAUAUUGAUCGAAUAGCCGGUACUAAUAAUUGUAUGCAAUCAUGCUCAGUGUCACAUGAUACUCUCCGAUCUCGAGGUUUUAAGAAGGAAAAGGAUUAGGCCAGGGUGAGGUGGUUGGUUGGUUGGUUUAGAAUGAGAAUGAAAAACCAACAUGAUAGGUUAUGGUAGAUGUGAGAGAUGGAUGAGGUUUAGGAAAUGAGGAGUGUUUUUGGCGCUGUGUGCCGUCGCUUAGGCCUUAGG